GUCCGGCUGAAGAUGCUGUACGCCGCCACCAGAGCCACGGUGAAGAAGGAGUUUGGUGGGGGGCACAUAAAGGACGAGAUGUUUGGAACGGUGAAGGAGGACGUGUCCCUGAGCGGUUACCAAAAGCACGUGUCCUCCUGCUCUGCCCCGGCCCCGCUGACUGCAGCCGAGCAGGAGCUCCAGCAGAUCCGCAUCAACGAGGUGAAGACGGAGAUCAGCGUGGAGAGCAAACACCAGACCCUGCAGGGCCUGGCCUUCCCCCUGCAGCUGGAUGCUCAACAAGCCAUCCAGGCCCUCAAGCAGAAGAAAAUCAACUACAUCCAGCUGAAGCUGGAUCUGGAGCGGGAGACCAUCGACCUGGUGCACACGAGCCCCACGGAGAUCGCCGACCUGCCCAAGAGGAUUCCCCAGGACUCGGCUCGCUACCAUUUCUUCCUGUACAAGCACUCGCAUGAGGGAGACUACCUGGAGUCUGUCGUCUUUAUCUACUCCAUGCCCGGGUACAAAUGCAGCAUCAAGGAGCGCAUGCUCUACUCCAGCUGCAAGAGCCGGUUGCUGGACACUGUGGAGCAGGAGUUUUGCCUGGAGAUAGCCAAGAAGAUUGAGAUCGACGAUGGAGCUGAGCUGACGGCAGAGUUCCUGUACGAGGAGGUGCACCCCAAGCAGCAUGCCUUCAAGCAGGCCUUCGCCAAGCCCAAGGGGCCCGUGGGGAAACGGGGACAGAAGCGGCUGAUCAAGGGGCCGGGCGAGAACGGCGAGGAGAGUUAGAUCCCGCAGGACUGGGCGGUGAACGGACAGCAUCCCCGCAGCGCUUCCCAGCUUCCUCUCUGCUGACCUGGAGAUCUUUCCCUCCAUCUCAGCCUUC